AUGAGCCACCGCACCCGGCCCGGAUACUUAGAUCUUAUUUAUAGCUCCGUCAAGAUGGUAUUACAAUCCACAGGCACUGUGGUGAUUCUGACCGAGACUUUCUCUCUAGCAGAGCCUAGGACAGAAUUCCGGCCCAGUCUUCCCCGCCUGGUGGCCUUUUCUAGCUCGCAGCUCCUUAGACAAUAUGCGCUAAGUGGUCGUCCUACACGGAUCUCCCCCAGCUCAUCUGCAGGAAAUGACUUCCAACUAGAAGCUCCAAGCUGCUCUAGUGAAAAAGGAGAAAGUGGGAAGACAGAAGUCCCCGACACCUCAUUACGAAAGAGGCCAAGCAGAAUUUCUAGGACAUUCUUCAGCUCACAUCAAGGUGACCCAGUAGAAUGGGUGGAAGACAACAGAGAAGGAGGAAUAGACCUUUGCCUGGCCCGGCGGAUGAGUCCUGGGGGCUCAGACACAAUGUUGAAGGGAGUAGGCACCUCAGAAUCUGGAGCAGUCACACGUGGAAAUUGUAGACUGGGACUUAGCAAAAAGUCAAGCCUGUUGAGCCACCAGAAGCAUCAUGUGUGCCCUGAAUAUGGGAGAGGCUUUUGCAAGAGAUCAGACCUCAUCAAGCACCAGAGGACGCACACCGGGGAGAAGCCGUACCUGUGUCCUGAGUACGGGCGUCGGUUUAGUCAGAAGGCCUCGCUCUCCAUACACCAGAGGAAGCACUCAGGGGAGAAGCCAUAUGUGUGCAGGGAAUGUGGGCGACACUUCAGGUAUACAUCCUCUCUGACUAAUCACAAGAGGGUUCACCCCGGGGAGAGGCCCUUUGUAUGUCAGGAGUGUGGGCGAGCCUUCCGCCAGAAGAUAGCCCUCAUUCUACACCAGAGGACACACUUGGAAGAGAAGCCCUUCGUGUGUCCCCAGUGUGGGGGAGGCUUUUGCCAGAAAGCAUCACUCCUCCAGCACCAGGGCUCACAAACUGGUGAGAGGCCCUUCCUGUGCCUUGAGUGUGGGUGUGGCUUCAGGCAGCAGUCACUCCUCCUUAGUCAUCAGGUCAUACACUCAGGAGAGAAGCCUUAUGUCUAUGCUGAGUGUGGGCACAGCUUUGGCCAGAAGGUCACCCUCAUCGGACACCAGAGGACACACACAGGGGAGAAGACCUACCUGUGCCCUGACUGUGGGUGUGACUUUGGUCAGAAGGUCACCCUUAUCAGACAUCAGAGGACACACACAGGGGAGAAGCCUUAUCUGUGCUUGGAGUGUGGGCGUGCCUUUGGCUUUAAGUCACUCCUCACCCGACACCAGAGGACACACUCAGAGGAGGAGCUUUAUGUAGACAGGAUGUGUGGGCAAGGACUUAGCCAGAAGUCACACCUUAUCUCUGACCAAAGGACACACUCAGGAGAGAAGCCCUGCGUUUGUGAUGAGUGUGGGCGUGGCUUCGGCUUUAAAUCUGCCCUCAUCCGACAUCAGCGGACCCAUUCUGGGGAGAAGCCCUAUGUCUGCAAGGAGUGUGGGCGUGGCUUUAGCCAGAAGUCUCACUUGCAUAGACACAGGAGGACCAAGUCUGGCCAUCAGCUCCUACCACAGUAGGUCUUCUGA